AUGAUGGAGCUUGGACAACAUCCUAAUCCAAAGCAAAACUUUGUAUUUAUUAUAUGCAAGGGUGAUGAUCACAUUGAAAACGAUCCAUAUUGUCAACAAUUGAGAAAUUCUGGUUAUCAAUUUGUUUAUCAAGUUCCCGUUUUAUCUUUUAAAUUUGUCAACAUCUCAUCAUUAGCGGUAAAAAUGUCUCAAGUUGACAGUUAUUGUGGUUUAAUUUUUACAUCAACAAGAGCGGUAAUCGCUUGUCAACAAGCCUGUUCCAUUGACGAAAAUUUAAUCAAUGUUAUUAGAUCGAAAUUAAUUUUCCCUGUUGGCCCUAAAACAUUAAAAUCUGUUAAAGAUUCAUUUCACCUUGACCAUUGUAUUGGCGAGACCAAUAUCGAUUCAAUUGGUUCCAGUGAAUUAUUAGCCAGGAAAAUUAUUGAUUCUCGUCAUUUGCUCAUCAAUUUAUCUUGUCAACCUCUUCUUCUGAUGCCUUGUUCAUCAAUUGCCCGAGAAACAAUUCCAACAACACUUGAAGAAAAUGGUAUUAAUGUUGAAACUAUUCACUGCUAUGAAACUGGACCGAAUGACAAUUUACCUCAACAGUUAACUAGUUUAAUCUCAUCAGAAGGAGAACGACAAAUUUUCCUUAUCAUUUUCAGUCCUUCGGGUGUUGAUUCUGUUACAAGUGCUCUUUCAUCACUGUCACUUGAUUGGCAGCAAUUUAAAUUCAUUGCAAUCGGUAAAACUACAGCUCAAGCCUUAAAGGAUCUUGAUUUAUCCGUUUUUUGUGUCUCCGAAAAGCCAAAUCCAACAUCAUUAACUGAAGCAAUUAACAAGGCACUUGAAUCACCAAUGGUUUAAAAUAAGAAUUGGAAAAGAUUUUUAAUUUAAUAACAUAACUUUGGUGCCAAAAAGACACUUCAAUUAACAUUAAUAUAUAUUUAUCCAAAUGGUGAUAACAUCAAAAACAAAAUAAAAUCUUCAUUUGAACUUGGAACUUGUCAUGGAAUUUGGGAUUUCUCUCCACAAUUAAUUAUCACUAUAAUCACUCAAUGGAGGACAAGUACAGAAUAAAUUCUUAUCUCCAAAAGCGUCGUCAAUUCUUCCCACUGUUGGCCAUAUUUUGGACUCUGGUAAUACGAAUUUCUAGUUAAACAAAGAUGAAGAAAUGUUAAUAAUAUUUAAGAACGAAAUGAACAACUUCGAACUGGAAUGAAAAAGAAUAGAAAUUCUUACCGCUGGGAAUGCCGCUUUCUCCCUGGAAUAAGGUCGAUCCCAAUUGGAAGAGCAAACGUGUCUUUGAGUAUGAGGAGCGAGCUGAUUAAUUAAAGAAAUUGACAUUUAAGACAAUCAAAUUAAAUUCCAAUGAAUGAUAACGAAAAUUUUUCUCUUA